GGCUCAGGAUGUCUCGCCUGACUCUCUGGCUACGUGCUGGAUCCGAUGGUGUGAAAUGCGGUGGAGACCCAGCCGCUCACAGUCUAUUCAUGCUGAUGGUGUGGAAGUCCGAACACGAUCCUAGCCUCAAAUUCGAUGUAAAGACUGUGAACGAAGCUCGUCCACCGCCAGAGUUCAAAGAGCUGGGACUACGGCGAUCUCCGGCUCUGCAAAUAUCCGACGACACAGCAUUUUCUGUGGAAGACGAGAUUAUGGAACAAUUGGACAAGUAUGGACAACCUCGUGGCAGUGCGUCGUCGGAGGCAGAAGAUGCCACCUCGGAUCUCUUCCGUAUCUUCGCGUUCUAUAUUAAGGACAUCAAGAAAGAGCCUACGGCGCUUCUCGGCGAGCUGCAACGAAUUGAUCAGCACCUUUCCUCAGUCCGGACCCGAUUUCUUGCCGGCAACGAACUCGCACAAAUCGACUGUGUCGUUCUCCCUCGACUGCACUCAAUUAGAAUCGCUGCCAAGGCUUUGAAAGACUUUGACAUACCGCCUGAUUACCGCUCGUUGUGGUCGUACAUGAAGCGUGGGUACGAACUGAAGGCCUUCACUACAAGCUGCCCAUCUGACCAGGAAAUCAUUCUAUACUGGUCGGAUCGACACGACACCCCGAACCUCAGCGCUUCGAAGCGAUCUCAGCUUACACGUCAGCAGCCAUCGUUCACGCAUACUAUACCGAAGAACUGCAUUGCUUCAUCCUGAAGCCUAAGUUUAUCUUCAAAUGGGUGCUAUCACACCAAAGUACCGGGUCGACCGCGGAAUCUCUUACACAACCACAGUCAUUCAAUCAAAUGUGCUUACGAGAUGAGCCCCAAUAUGUACAGCAAAGGUAGUUUUUUCGAUGGUAGCUGACAGUAAGUCGAAUUGCGAUAUGGCUUCCGUGAAACUCAGGAGAAGAAUGGGUAUCUCCGAGGCAGACUGCCAAGACAUAUGUCGAAGUUUGCGAUUGUUUAGAGCAUUUUUAU